GGUAGCGGCGCCGGGCGGGGGCGCACGGGGCGGCGCGGGGCCGGACGGGCGGCGGGGACGGCAGACCCCCGAGCGGGAGCGGCGGCGGCGCGCCCCGGCUGUGCCUCCCGGGCUCUGCCUCCCGGGCACUUGCCCGGCUCUGCGCGCUCCUGGCAUCUGCUCCGCCGCUGACACACAGUAGCGGGGACACCCGACGCCGCUAGCGACAGGCACGUUCCAGAAGGACGCUGCAACUUGGGGACUCCGGCGCGCCCGGCCAGCAGAGGAAAGGAUACAUUCAACUGGAUUUUUAAAUCAUUGUAAGCCAGUGAUGGAUCAGAAGUUACAGAAUGCAAUGCCGAAUAAAAGUCUUCGAAAGAAUUGCUUCAAAGAACCGAAAAAAGAAAAUUGAUCUACUUCCUUAAUACCUUGAUCUAGAAAAACAUACUGCACAUGGUAGGAAGUGAUAACUGGGAAAGUUUAUUUGGGUCUUAAUAUACCUAAGUGAUAGGAACUGUCACUUUGUUUCUCAGAGGGCUUAUACACCUGAGAUUAUGUUAAAAAUGAGUAGUUUUAUUAACAUCUUGACAUGAUCACAAGAGAGGAGAAACAGAGGGCUAGCUGAAACCCUGCACCUUGGUCAAGAUGACUUCUGAAGAAAUGGCAGGUUCUGUUCUCAGGCCUGUGAGUCAGAGAAAAGUGAUCUCUGCUCAGUCAACUGUAGAUGAAAGUAAUGAUAAGGUCUCGGACAUCAAUGUUCCAAAGUCUCAUCCUGUCAGGCAGAGUGGGGAGACUUCUCAUACCAUCUCGCAAGUGACCAAACUUACAGAAGAAUCUUCUGGAAGCAACGUGCCCCAGAUUUUCUCAGUAGCAAGGGAGAAAAUAACCAGUGAUGAGAACAGUAAUGAAAAUUGCUGGGAGAAAAGCAUGCCAGAUUCUGUGAAAAACCUUAAUAUUAACUGCAACAGCAUAUUGAAAAACCAUCAGCAUGGCCCUCCUCAGAGCCAGUUUUAUGAAACGUGCAAUUCUAUCACAGAGGAAGGUCUGUGUUUGGAAACUGGAAUCCCUUCUUCACUGGAAGGAAAGGUGUUCCCUGGAAUUCAACUGGAAAUAGACAGACCUCCCAUGGGCAUUAGUCCAUUAGGAACUCAGUCAGCCAUCAUAGAGACAAGCAGGGCACACCCUGAAAGCAACAUGGCAGUAUUUCACUUGCAUUACGAGGUUGACAGAAGAAUGUCAGACAGUUUCUGUCCCCUAUCAGAUAACUUGAUUUUGGAUGAUUGUGGAAACUGUGUACUACCUGCUGUUGGUGAGGAACAAGAGAAAAAUUACAUGGCAUAUACUUGCAAACUGAUGGAAUUGACAAGUAACUGUGACAAUAAGAAUAGGCAGCUGCAGUGUGAUCAUUGUGACCCCUUGAAUGACAAAUAUUUGUGCUUUGAAGGCUCUUGCCCAAAGGCCGAUGUGGUAUGUUCAAAUGACAGCUUUUGCAGGGAGGACUUUACUGACAGUCCACCUGCCAAGACCUUUCUGAGCCAUUUUGAGGACUUCCCUGAUAAUUGUGAAGAUGUAGAAGAAGAUUUGUUUAAAAAUAAAAAGGAGCGGUCUGCUUGGUUAGUGAGGAGAUUUUGCAAAAAUGACAAGGAAGUUAAGAAAUCUGUGUUUACUGGGACAAGGGCAAUUGUGAGAACUUUGCCUUCUGGUCACAUUGGACUGGAGGCUUUGAGUUAUAUUGAUCAGAAGAAAAAUGGUCUCUUAUUGCCUCCUGGGAGAGUCAUGGAACGGCUGUCAACAGUGGUGGUUAGGCAAGAUGGUUCCCAAGGUCUGUCAGAAGCCCAGUGGUAUCCGAUCUACAGUGCAGUGAGGAGGGGAGAAGCCACAGAAGAAACAAUUAGAUCUCUUCUCCAUUUCUUCGCCAAGCUCCCAGCCUCUGAGACAGCCCAUGAAAGGAUCAGUGUCAGUCCGUACUUAAAGCAAUGUGUCCGAGACACGGUGUGUGAGUAUCGUGCCACCCUGCAAAGGACUUCCAUAUCUCAGUACAUCACCGGCUCUCUCCUGGAAGCCACCACAUCUUUAGGAGCAAGAAGCAGCCUCCUCAAUUCUUUUGGAGGAUCCACGGGACGAAUGAUGCUGAAAGAACGCCAAGCAGGCACGUCUAUGGCCAAUUCCAGUGCCCUUCCUUCAAGUUCAGCUGGGAUCAGCAAGGAACUGAUUGAUCUGAAGCCCCUCAUCCAGUUCCCAGAGGAAGUCGCCAGCAUCCUGAUGGAGCAGGAGCAAAAUAUUUACCGAAGGGUCUUGCCAGUUGACUAUCUUUUUUUCUUGACCCGGGGCUUGGGCACCACAGAAUGUCAGAGGUCCAUGCCCUCCCUCAAAGCAUCCAUCUCAGCAUCCAUUCUUACCUCUCAGAAUGGAGAGCACAACGCCCUCGAAGAUCUUGUGAUGAGAUUUAAUGAGGUGAGCUCCUGGGUGACGUGGCUGAUCCUCGCGGCGGGCUCCAUGGAAGAGAAGCGGGAAGUCUUCUCGUACUUGGUUCAUGUGGCCAAAUGCUGCUGGAACAUGGGCAACUACAAUGCUGUCAUGGAGUUCUUGGCCGGCCUCAGGUCAAGGAAAGUUUUAAAAAUGUGGCAGUUUAUGGACCAGUCUGACCUGGAGACCAUGAGGAGCCUGAAGGACGCCAUGGCCCAGCACGAGUCUUCCUGUGAAUACAGGAAGGUGGUGACACGAGCGCUGCACAUCCCCGGCUGCAAGGUGGUUCCGUUCUGCGGGGUGUUCCUGAAGGAGCUCUGUGAGGUGCUGGACGGAGCCUCUGGCCUCAUGAAGCUUUGCCCGAGGUACAAUUCGCAGGAAGAAACUCUAGAGUUUGUAGCCGAUUAUAGUGGACAAGAUAAUUUCUUACAACGAGUGGGACAGAAUGGCUUAAAGAAUUCAGAGAAGGAAUCCACUGUCAACAGCAUCUUUCAGAUCAUCAGGAGCUGCAGUCGAAGUCUGGAGACAGAGGAGGAGGACAGCCCCAGUGAUGGGAACAGCUCAAGGAAAAAUUCCCUGAAGGAUAAAGCCCGAUGGCAGUUUAUAAUUGGAGAUUUGUUGGAUUCCGAAAAUGACAUCUUUGAGCAGCCCAAAGAAUGGGACUCUCAUGGAUCGGAAGAGCCACAGAAAGCCUUUGACCAUGGGACAGAGCUCAUCCCAUGGUACGUGCUGUCCAUCCAAGCUGAUGUGCACCAGUUCCUGUUGCAGGGGGCCACAGUCAUCCACUAUGAUCAGGACACGCACCUCUCUGCCCGCUGCUUCCUCCAGCUUCAGCCUGACAAUAGCACCUUGACCUGGAUAAAACCCACCACUGCUUCCCCAGCCAGUGCUAAAGCAAAACUUGGUGUGCUCAGUAACACGUCUGAGCCUGGCAAAUUCCCGUUACUGGGCAAUGCUGGAUUAAGUGGCCUGGUGGAGGGGAUCUUGGAUCUGUUUGCAGCAAAGGCUGUGUACAUGGGACACCCUAACAUUGAUAUACACACUGUGUGUGUUCAGAACAAAUUGAGUAACAUGUCUCUCUCAGAGACUGGUGUGACACUGCUCUACGGGCUGCAGACCACGGACAAUAGAUUAUUGCACUUUGUGGCACCAAAGCACACAGCUAAAAUGCUCUUCAGUGGAUUGUUGGAGCUCACUAGAGCUGUGAGGAAGAUGAGGAAGUUCCCUGACCAAAGACAGCAGUGGCUGCGGAAACAGUACGUCAGCCUCUACCAGGAGGAUGGACGAUAUGAAGGCCCAACUUUGGCUCAAGCUGUGGAGCUGUUUGGUGGCAGACGAUGGAGUACUCGAAACCCCAGCCCUGGGACAUCAGCAAAGAGCGCUGAGAAGCCCAACACCUUAAGUAUAAGCAACGCCAAGAAAAAGAAGAAAAUCCUUAUGAGGGGUGAGAGUGGAGAGGUGACGGAUGACGAGAUGGCCACCCGCAAGGCCAAAACACACAAAGAGAGUCGGAGCCGGAGUGGUUCUGAUCCUCAAGAUGUCAAUGAACAAGAAGAAUCAGAGGCAAAUGCCAUCAUGAACCCUCCCAACCCUCUCCCUUCCAGAAGAGCCCACUCCUUGACCACGACUGGGCCCCCUACCUUGGCUGCCGGGACAUCAUCUCCCAUCAGGCCAGUGUCCUCCCCUGUGCUGCCUGCUUCCAACAAGAGCCCGACCAGUGCUUGGAACAGCAGCAGCUGCUGGCCAGGGAAGAUCAAAGGAGGGAUGCAGGGCUUUCAGAGCUUCAUGGUUUCAGACAGCAGCAUGAGUUUUGUGGAAUUUGUUGAGCUGUUUAAAUCAUUCAGUGUGAGGAGCCGCAAGGACCUGAAGGACCUCUUUGACAUCUACGCCGUACCCUGUGACCGAGCUGGCUCUGAGGCAGCCCCCCUCUAUACCAACCUGACCAUUGAUGAAAAUGUCAGCGGUCUUCAGCCUGACCUAGAUUUGUUGACCAGAAAUGUCUCAGAUUUGGGGUUAUUCAUCAAGAGUAAACAGCAGCUGUCCGACAACCAGAGGCAGAUAUCUGAUGCCAUUGCUGCUGCAAGUAUUGUAACAAAUGGCACCGGAGUGGAGAGCACAUCUCUGGGUGUGUUUGGAGUCGGCAUCCUCCAGCUCAAUGACUUCCUAGUGAAUUGCCAAGGAGAACACUAUACUUAUGAUGAAAUCCUCAGCAUCAUCCAGAAGUUCGAGCCUAGCAUUAGUAUGUGUCAUCAAGGCCUAAUGUCAUUUGAAGGAUUUGCAAGGUUUCUAAUGGAUAAAGAUAAUUUUGCCUCAAAAAAUGAUGAGUCACAGGAGAACGUUAAAGAAAUGCAGCUGCCCCUCUCCUACUAUUACAUUGAAUCUUCACACAAUACCUACCUCACGGGCCAUCAGCUCAAAGGAGAAUCCUCAGUAGAACUCUACAGCCAGGUCCUCCUGCAAGGCUGUAGGAGUGUAGAGUUGGACUGCUGGGACGGAGAUGAUGGAAUGCCCAUCAUUUAUCAUGGACACACCCUGACAACCAAGAUCCCUUUCAAGGAAGUGGUUGAAGCCAUCGAUCGCAGUGCCUUCAUCAACUCUGACCUGCCCAUCAUCAUAUCGAUUGAGAACCACUGUUCAUUGCCUCAGCAACGAAAAAUGGCAGAAAUUUUCAAGACUGUGUUUGGAGAAAAACUGGUGGCUAAAUUCUUAUUUGAGAGUGAUUUCUCAGAUGAUCCAAUGCUCCCCUCGCCUGACCAACUCAGAAGGAAAGUGCUUCUCAAAAAUAAGAAAUUAAAAGCCCAUCAGACACCAGUGGAUAUCUUAAAGCAAAAGGCUCAUCAGCUAGCAUCCAUGCAAGCUCAGGCUUAUAACGGUAGCAAUGCCAACUCCCCACCUGCUAAUAACGAGGAAGAGGAAGAUGAAGAGGAUGAAUAUGAUUAUGAUUAUGAAUCCCUCUCUGAUGACAACAUUCUAGAAGACAGACCUGAAAAUAAAUCAUGUAAUGACAAACUUCAGUUUGAGUAUAAUGAAGAAAUCCCCAAGAGGAUAAAGAAAGCAGAUAACUCUGCUUGCAACAAAGGAAAGGUUUAUGACAUGGAACUGGGAGAAGAAUUUUAUCUUCCUCAGAAUAAAAAGGAAAGCAGACAGAUUGCACCAGAGCUUUCUGACCUUGUCAUCUAUUGCCAAGCAGUAAAAUUCCCAGGCCUGUCAACUCUAAAUGCAUCUGGCUCUAGCAGAGGAAAAGAAAGGAAAAGCAGGAAGUCCAUUUUUGGCAACAAUCCGGGCAGAAUGAGCCCCGGGGAGACAGCACCAUUUAACAAAACAUCUGGAAAAAGUUCCUGUGAAGGAAUGCGACAGGCCUGGGAGGACUCUCCUUUCUCCGUCAACCCAACCACAUCCCUCAGCGCUAUCAUUAGAACUCCCAAAUGCUACCAUAUCUCCUCGCUGAAUGAAAAUGCCGCCAAACGUCUAUGUCGCAGGUAUUCUCAGAAACUGAUCCAGCACACCGCCUGCCAGCUGCUGAGGACGUACCCGGCUGCCACUCGCAUCGACUCUUCCAACCCCAACCCCCUCCUGUUCUGGCUUCAUGGCAUACAGCUCGUGGCACUCAACUACCAGACAGAUGAUCUCUCUUUACAUUUGAAUGCCGCCAUGUUUGAGGCCAAUGGUGGCUGCGGUUAUGUUCUGAAACCCCCAGUUCUGUGGGACAAGAACUGUUCCAUGUAUCAGAAGUUCUCCCCCUUGGAAAGAGACCUGGACAACAUGGAGCCUGCCGUCUAUUCGUUAACUAUUGUCUCUGGGCAGAACGUGUGCCCGAGUAAUAGCACGGGGAGCCCAUGUAUCGAGGUCGACGUCUUGGGCAUGGCCUUGGACAGCUGCCACUUCCGCACAAAGCCCAUCCACCGCAAUACUCUGAACCCCAUGUGGAAUGAACAGUUCCUCUUCCGGGUUCACUUUGAAGAUCUCAUAUUUGUUCGUUUUGCUGUCGUGGAGAACAACAGCUCGGUGGUCACUGCUCAGAGAAUCAUCUCCCUCAAGGCUCUAAAGCGAGGAUAUCGACAUCUUCAGCUGCGAAAUCUCCACAAUGAAGUCUUGGAAAUCUCUAGUUUAUUCAUAAACAGCAGGAGGAUGGAAGAAAAUUCCUCUGGCAAUACUGUGCCGGCCUCUCUGAUGUUUAAUACAGAAGAAAGAAAAUGUUUGCAGACUCACAGAGUCACAGUGCAUGGCGUCCCAGGUCCAGAGCCCUUUACUGUUUUCUCUAUAAACGGAGUCACUAAGGCAAAGCAGCUUCUCCAACAAAUUCUCGUUAUGGAUCAAGAUACCAAACCUAUUGCCACAGACUAUUUUUUAAUGGAGGAAAAAUAUUUCAUAUCUAAAGAGAAGAAUGAAUGUAGGAAACAACCGUUCCAGAGAGCCAUUGGUCCAGAAGAAGAGAUUGUGCAAAUUUUAAGCAGCUGGUUUCCAGAAGAGGGAUAUGUUGGCAGGAUUGUCUUAAAAACCCAGCAGGAAAACCUGGAGGAGAAAAGCAUUGUGCAAGAUGACAAGGAGAUGCUCCUGAGCUCAGAGGAGGACAGCUUCUUUGUCCAGGUGCACGACGUUUCCCCCGAGCAACCGCGCACGGUCAUCAAAGCACCCCGUGUCAGCACCGCGCAGGACGUCAUUCAGCAGACCUUAUGCAAAGCCAAAUAUUCCUAUAGCAUCCUAAGCAACCCCAACCCGAGUGACUAUGUGCUUCUGGAAGAGGUGGUGAAAGACACCGCCAACAGGAAGUCUUCCACCCCAAAGCCCUCCCAGCGUGUCCUUUUGGAUCAGGAGUGUGUGUUUCAAGCUCAAAGCAAGUGGAAAGGUGCAGGAAAAUUCAUCCUUAAGCUAAAGGAACAGGUGCAGGCAUCUCGAGAAGAUAAAAAAAAAGGCAUCUCUUUUGCAAGCGAACUCAAGAAGCUCACCAAGACUAAACAGCCCCGAGGACCCACAUCACCUUCUCAGGUCUUGGCCUCAGAAAAUGUCCAAAACAAGGAAGAGAAACCUAUGGCUGGCUUGCCUUCCAGUGACACCACAGACUACCGACAGUGAGCAAGAUAGCAUGGUUUACCCAGGUGAAGAUCUUUUGGCAAGAAGUUAAAAUCAAGAACGAACAUAAUGGAGACAAAUAUAAUUCCCUUAUUUUCAUAAACUAAACUGGAAACUUACGAUUUCUGAACUCUUGAUCCGAGGUCCACGCUGAGGUCAAGCAAAAUGGUACAGGGCUUGCUAUCAACUGGUUUCCUACUGAAUGAAGCAAAGAAGCCCAGCAGACUGCCAUUUUACAUGUCAACAGUUGGAAAAACCACCGCUAAGCUUGCAAUAAUUGACUUAGAACAGGAGUCAGCAAACUUUUAUAAAGGGCUAGUCAGUAAAUAUCUUCGUUCUUAUGGGCCAAAUGGUCUCUGUUGCAAUGACUUAGCUUAGUGCAAAAGCAGCCAUAGACAAUACAUACAUGAUUGAAUGUGGUGGCUGUGAUCCAAGAAAACUAUUUAAAGACAUUGGAAUUGGAAUUGCAUAUCAUUUUCCCAUGGCAUAAAUAUUCCUCUUUGGAUUUAAAAAAAAAAUCAUUUUAAAAUGUAAACUAUUCUUAGUUCAACAGCCACACAAAAGCAGGUGGCAGGCUGGAUUUGGCUCAAGGGCCACAGUUUGCUGACCUGACUUAGAAAACUGGGAACAAGAUGCACAGAGGUAAGAAAACAAGCAGGCUAGUUUAGUCAUACCUAUUAUGGCUAAGAAUUGGAAGCUUUGGGGCAUUGCACAUGUAAAUAUGUCCUCUAGGACUCAUUAAAAAAUAAUUCAACCUACUCUCUGUAUUGUGUACCAUCGUGAACUCUCCUAUAGUGUUUCUUUUUACAUAUAGAAUGAUGUUGGGUUUUUUAUGUUUAUCACUUAUAUUCACAGACUUUUGGUUUCUACAAAAUGAAUUUAGAAUAAUGUUAUCUACUGAGUUGUGGCAUCUUAGUAAGAAACUUAACCAUGUUUCUAACGCAGAAGUAGACUGUUGGUUGUUUAUUUAUUUUACGAGGUUUGUACUGACACUGUACCUAUGUAUUUAUUAUACAUAGCUUUCUUGAUAUUGCUUGCAGAUUAGAAGCAUUAGUGGUUCUAUUUCACUAUUUGAAAACAAAUCUCCUUAGAAGAAAAUGUAUGCCCUGAAUACCUGAAAUAGGCCAGAAUUUCAUGUAUCUUGCCAUUUAAUGUAAAUUAUUUUUAAAACUUUGCUGUAUAAGACUAUCAUGUAAGUGAUAAAGGAUUCGUCUUGUUCUUGGCACGAAGCAAAUUGUGACUCUUCACAUAAAAUGUGUUCCUCUAAAGUAAAAUCCAAAUUUUAUCUUUCUAAUGACCUUCAAAUUUGAUGUUUUUCUUCAAAUUAUAAAACAUACUAUAAUCUCUAAUCUCUGCUUUGAGACAUUUUCACCAUAAAAAAAAAUGAAUAAAACAAUUCCCCCUUCUUUGUGUACUCUAACAAAAGUAUCAAAAACACACAGCUUUCAUGUUAUUGGAAGUUCUGACUAAGUCAAAGCCUUAUUGCUAAAAGAAUCACCGUUUGCUUGUCAACAGCAUUCAGGCUAUUUCAAUUUGAUGCUGUUUGUACAGUACUACAGGUUUCUUUUUAAAUGAAAUAAUCAGUCUGCAACAAAUGCACAAUGCUGCCUUCACUUUAAAAAUUUUUCCAGAAACCGUCAUCAAACUUGUCUCAACUAAUGGGCGUUUUUGCCAUCUGUUUGGGCUUUGCUGUGCUUUCCGACUCUCUACAACUCCAUAGACUGCAGCCCACGUCUCCUCUGUCCAUGGGGGUUCUCCAGGCAAGAAUACUGGAGUGGGUUGCCAUAUCCUACUCCAGGGGAGUUUCCCAACCCAGGGAUCAAACCCAGGUCUCCCGCAUUGCAGGCGGAUUCUUGACUGAUGGAGCCACCAGAGAAGCCUCUGGUUGGCGUUACUGUGUCAUAAAAAUCGAGUUACAAGUCCAACUGGCUAGAGUCAAGAUGAAAACUGUGCAGAGUAGUGAGGUGGAAAGCAAGACUGGUCUCACUAGGUUUUAUCAACUGGUCUUGACUCUAAGCUCUCCAUCCCACCCCAGGGUCCUUAGCAUAAAAUCUGGAACUUAACUUGAGACUGGUUUUAGCAAGUGAGUGAACCCAGCCUUCUGCCCAUGUCGCAACCCAUCUUGGUUGUUCAUCCCAUUGUGAGGUAAAAGUACACAUUCUAAGGUAUUUGAGUCCUGGGGAUUUUAGGAGGGACACAUUGCUCAAAAAUGUAGAGGGUUUACUCUAUUAUUACAACUAACCAACACAACCUGGUGUUUGCCAAAAGUAAGAAAUUUUGAUUUAAAGUUACUCUGAAUUAUACAUCUGUGUUAGUAUACCAAAUGAAAGAAACUGUCCUACUGUUUAGAAUGCAUCUAAAAUAGCCACCCAGGCUUAUACCCAUUACCAUUUCAUACUUUUCAGACUACUAAAAACCUGGGUAGCAAACUUUCAUCAGUAAAGUUGAUAUGGGAAAGAAUCUAAAUAUGUAAGCUGGGUUUAUUACAAGAUUUUGAGGAAAAAUAUUUUAAGAUGCUUCACUGAAAACAGAAAGAAAGGAGCAUGAAUUCUGUCCCUCUGCUGGAUGAUUCCAACUUUUAAGAUUACGGGAGCUGGCAGGAAAGGAUUUAGACUGGGAAUCCAAUGUGAUGUGUGAUGCCAGAAGAAACAGAGUAACUUCCUAUCACCUCAUCUGGAAUUUACUGUUUUGCCAACUAAUGUAAGAUCACAUAAGGGUGUGAAGGAGUUGAGAAUAAGUCUGAGGAUAAACUUGUAGGAGGUAACAACAUUAUUUGGGUAGAAAGUGCCCUCCUGAAGGAACACCUCCUUUCAUGUCAUCUUUAGCAAGUAAAAGUUAUUUAUAAAUUCUCCAGUUGGGGGGAAAUAUGGAGUCCAGACUCAACAAAAGUGAGUCAAAAAUCAAAUUUACUUUUCAACAAAGGUCUCCCAUCUUGAUGGCUCUGGAGACAGUGGAGGCUCAUUAAUGACAGUUGGCGUCCCCAGUGGCUCCGUAUGUUCUUUUCUUAAAAUCUACCUCUUUCCUUUCCUCUGUUCUCUCCCUUUACAAUAUCUCUGUAGACCUCUCCUCCUCUGCCAGACACCCACAGGCCUUGCUUAAUUCCAAAAAGUAGUAAGACCUUGUGUACUGGUCUGGUAAAACAGAAUUAACUAAAGCAUAAAACUCCACAACUCUGCUCCCAUGCCACUAAGGAGGAUUUUCCUGGCUGGUGUCUGAUCUUAAACUUGGCAGUGAGACACAGCCUACAGCAAAAGAAAUCUCUAGAUGGCAGCCUUGAACCCCUCCAGUUGUUUCUCUCAGAUCAGCAGCAAGACAACAGGGCAAUCCCUGGGCCCUCCAAAAAGUUACUAGAAGAGGAGACUGCCUCUUACACCAAGCCCACACCUCAGUCAACAUUUCCUACAGUACAUUGUUAACAACUUAAAUGUUCUCUGCCAUUGCCACCUGUCAACUUCUUAAGUACAGUCCUUGCCUGAUGGCUAAGGAUUUUGACAGGAAUUCCUGAAUGUUUUUGAGAUACUGAAUCUCCAAGAUUACCAAGCUGUUUGUAUACAUCUCUUAGAUCCAAAACAUGCUAUGCUGAAGUCUGCCAUUAAGCAGGCCUCUGAAACCUUCCCUAUUUCAGAUGAUAUAGGUCUUUGAACUUCAACAACUCACUCAACUGGGUAAUGCCUCAUUCAAACAAAAAUGAUCUGACUCGGCAUACAAGGGCAUGGAAGACUGAGGCCAUAUCAUAUGUCUGUUGUUAACCCAGUUCACUUUGAAGUGCCUAGCACAAUGCGAAGCACAUAGUAGGUGUUCAAUAUUUAUCUAGUUAAAGAAACAGAUAUGAAGACUAGUUUAUAAUAGCCUCGGGCUGUAUGUCUGUGUGUUAUCAUUAAUGAGUACAAUAUUUAGCUCUGAAAAUGAAACCCAUCAGUACAAGACUGUAGAAGUUAAAUGCACAAGUAUGUUUCAUCCUCAAUUCAAUGGCAACCCACUCCAGUACUCUUGCCUGGAAAAUCCCAUGGAUGGAGGAGCCUGGUAGGCUGCAGUCCAUGGGGUCGCUAAGAGUCGGACAUGACUGAGCGACUUCACUUUUCACCUUUAUG